UACACAACGGAGGCAUCUAUCGGCGGAACCGAGAUGGCCGUGGUGCAGCUCGAUACGGAGGACCAUCAACCGGAGAACGGAUUCGUAUCCCCCGAAACCACGUCGCCGGGGCUGCUGACACGCAUCGACGGUUCUGUUCUGCCAUUUCUCGGGGGAUUUGGGAAGUACCAGAAACAGCUGAUCGUGCUGACAUGGAUUCCGGCGAUAUUUAUUGGAUUCAGCCAGUACUCUGAUAAUUUCCUUCUCGCACAGCCAAACAACACAUGUAUCCAGCCUUUGGCAAACCUGACCAAUGUGAAUAACACAAGUCAUUCCUCGUUGUUAGACAAUUCCAAAAACAGCAGUGCGCGCCCGGCUUAUAUUUAUGCCAAUGGAAGUUACAGUACCCACAAUGACACCAACAUGCAGUGUAGGUGCAAUGAGUGGACAUUUGAGCUGCACACGGGACUUGUGCGGAAUGUGGUUACUAAGUGGAGUCUGGUAUGUGACUCAGCAUGGAAAGUCCACAUUGCAAAGUUCUCGCUCUUGGUUGGUUCCAUCUUUGGAUACCUGGUGUUCGGUAUCCUUGCCGACUGGUUUGGACGGCACCCGGUGCUGAUUAUAUCAGUGCUGUUCAUGCUGGUGUUUGGUCUGACUGUGGCCUUCUCUGUCAACGUCCCCAUGUUCAGCACCCUGCGCUUCUUUGAGGGUUUCUGCCUGGCAGGGAUCACCCUUUCCCUCUAUGUUCUCAGGAUUGAGCUGUGCCUACCAGGGUGGCGCUUUUCCAUGACCAUGGUGGCCAAUUUUGUAGUGUUGGGUGGUCAGCUGCUGAUGCCCGGUGUAGCAUACCUCUGUCGUGACUGGCAGGUUCUCCAAGCGGUCAUCAUCUGCCCGUUGCUACUUAUGCUGUCCUACAUCUGGAUCUUUCCUGAGUCACUGCGUUGGCUGUUGGCCACUCAGCAGUACUGCCGCUCCAAAUGGAUCAUGGGACACAUAGCGAAGAAGAACCGAGCGAACAUGGAGCUGGACCCGGAGAACAUCCUCACAGAACUACAGAGAGCCCUUCAAAAGAAACCCAAAAAGACGUGCAUUGUGAAAAUGGUUGGAACGAGGAACCUGUGGAAGAAUAUUGUUGUGCUUUGUGUCAACUCGCUAACUGGCUAUGGGAUUCACCACUGUUUUGCCCGCAGCAUGAUGGACCCCGAAGCCCAGGAAACAACAAUGUUUCAUAAUUUCUAUGCAGACUAUUACACCAUGGCGGGCAUCGCCGUGGCAUCCUGCAUGGCGCUGUGCCCAGCGGUUGGCCUGAUGGGCCGUCGAGGUGGCCUUCUCAUGUUCAUGAUUAUCACAGCUUUGGCAUCACUGCUGCAACUGGGCCUGCUCAACUUGCUGGGGAAGUACAGUGUUCAUCUGAAUAUAGAUAGCUCAGGUACGCUGAAUAAGAACUUCUCCAUCGCCUUCUCCAUCAUCGGCAUGUUCUCCUCCCACGCAGUCAGCAACCUGAGCAUCUUCUUCUGUGCUGAGAUCACACCCACUGUGAUCAGGGGUGGUGGUCUGGGCCUGGUCCUGGCUAGUGCUGGCUUCGGCAUGCUGACUGCACCUAUCAUGGAGCUGCACAAUCAGAAGGGCUACUUCCUUCACCACAUUAUUUUUGCCUGCUGCACUCUCAUCUGCAUCAUCUGCAUUCUCCUGCUGCCCGAGACACGCUACCGGCCCCUCCCUGAGACCCUUGCUGAUGGCGAAAGCUACACUCGCCAACCUCUUCUUCCCCCGAGGAAACCUGGGGAACAGCGCCUCUUGUUGGCCCAAUCAGAGAGCAGCAGGGACUACACGAGGGUGCACGACACACCCCUCCACGAAGCAGCCGCCACCGCAGUGUCCACCAUGGACUCCACCGCCUCGUCGGCCGUCGAUCUGACCGCGCCGUCAGUCGGAGAUGUGUCCGGCCCUACUUUCAUGGAGAUGCUCCCUUGCAAACCUGAACCUAAAGACCCCAACGGUCACUCAGUUUCGUCAUUAUCUCCGAGCCCCAUCGCAGCACUGGGUAAAGACGGCGUCAUACAUGCCAGCAAGGAGCACCUUCUGUCUUCCACUCCUUUACACAAAGCCUCUUGUGUCACAGACCCACUUCUAGCCAGUGCAGAAAAACCUCCAGAGAUUAUCCUGGAUUCUGUCGAGCCACUAAUGGAUGCUAUUGUUCCUGAGCUUGAUGAUACUGGACAUUCCUCUUCGAAAGAACCAGCCACCCCCCCUGUCGCUGAAACUUCACCAGACUCUUCUGUUCCCCCCGACUCCCAAUCUGUGCCUGCUUCCUUAUUGAUCUGCACCACACCCAUCAUCGAGCCCCCACCCAGCUCCACGUUAGAGUCCCCGAACCCAGUGGGUGAUGACACUGACAGCAUCGCUCUGAAAUUUGACCCCCCAUUAUUAGAAGACACUGAAGGCCCUAUAGCGGACUCCCCAGCUCCGUCUGUGCAUGACAGCGCUCCUCCAUCCCCUGCUCCUUCUCCUGUUCCGAUGACAGACUGCAACAUUUCCGCUGACCCCCCACCUUCCAUUAGCGCACAAUCUGACAUUCCAGUCACUGAGUUAGAAAUAGUAGAUGAGUCCACAUCUACACCUUCACCUACAGACUUCCCUACCCCCCCUGUGACAGACUCCCAAUCACCACAGUUAGCCUCUACCUCCCCCUGUGUUAAUGACGUUACUGCUUCCCCUACUUCCCCUACCCCAGUCGAAGUUUCCCCUCCACCCGCCCCCCCUCCGGCAAUUGACUCAGCUCAUACGCCGCCAACAGACUCCUACGCUUCCCCUGCCCCCCCCGCGCCGUCUCCCACCAUCCUCCCCGUCACAGACAUUGUUGAGCCUGCGCCGGAUUCAGCCACUUCCCUUGUUGUAGAUUUAGCGCCGCCCCCCGUCACAGAUUCUGGCGCUACAGAAGCAGUUCCCCUUUUUGAAAUGGACUGCACCGUCUCCUCCCCCAUAGACUCUGGUGUCCUCUCAAUCAGAGACAGUGCCAGCACAGAAAACAACACUGUCAAUGGAGUGACGUCCUCUUGAUCCAGAGUUGCAGCCAAAAAGAAGCUUUACGGUUGCACCAGGGAGCAGCCCACGCCACAUAAAUAAUCAAGGGAGGGGGGGGCAUAAACUGUGCUGCUCAGACUUCAGGCACUUAAUGAAGACUGUUUCCACAUGGAGUUGAGUAGACAUGUCUUACAGAGCUGCUGUAAUUUCUCAAUGUGCCCCUUCCUGCAUACAGCCAAUAAUAAGACCACGCAAAUGAGAGUGCCAGAGGCUGGUUGGAGACAAUGUGACAGUAUCAUCUUUGUUUUUUUUUUUUUCUUUUUCUUUCUUUAUUUUAUUUUUUUUUUUAAGUCACUGGAGAUCACCAGCCUAUAAACUACUUUGAUGUAAAUGAAUGGAAAUCACUGUCAUUUUAAAGACUCUUAAUACAAUACCCACAAUCAUAAGACGUGUCACCGGGACUGGUGAGAAAUACUAUGAUGCUAAAAACAAACAAACAAACAAAAAAAAAAACCAACAAAAAAAUCAAGUCAGUGGUACGUUUGCUCAUAUGAAGUGUCAGUCUAUCUUGUUUGUAUAGAAAUAUCGCCUUACCUUUAUGGACAAAACAAAUUCUGAAUGUUACAGAGUAUUUUUGCCGUUACAGAGGUAAACAAUUGAAAUUGGACUGAUUUUCUGAAUGCCAAAAAUCAUGCUGACCAAAAUUGUAAAUGUAGAUAUAGUGCCAAAAAUUAGUAGAAACACAGUAUUUGCCUGUUUUUUUGGAGGGAAAUACUGUUUAGUGUGUUCCCCUGCGACAGACCUGUAUGUAGAUGUUGAAUGAAAAUGAAUCCGAAAAAGCCCUUUUUAAAGUGUACAAGUACUAGAGAAAAUGAAAAGGAUUUCUCUAACCGAUAAAACCCUGAAAGUCGUGUCUUCAUUUGAUAUAUUAGAAGUGAAAAAUCAGAAUGAAAUUUCAACAUUGCUUUUUAUCACCAUGGGGUUCAUUGUAUGAACGACAAUAUUAGAGAAAAAGUACGACCCAUAUUUUGUCGGUCUGAAGAAACAGUUUUAUUUUUCCAGCUGUUUCAGUCAAUGAAAUUUAUGGUAUGCAAAUGCUUUUAUUUGUAAAUGUGAUAUUGUAAGUAAAUGCAUAAUUAGUUGUUGAGCUUGAUUCAGUCUUUUUUAAUUCAAAGUAUUUUUUGGAAUAAUCUCCUAUGGUGUGCCCUUAUUGUACAAAGUUAUAUUUCACUUUUACAGUAUUUACGGCACCUCAGUGUGGUGGCACCUUAUUCUUUGCAGUGGGGACAAAGCAUGAAAAUAAUUGUGAAUGUGUCAGCAAAACAAAUUAGCAACCUUAAAAUGACAUAAAAGCUAUUUUUUGGAUGACACAGUGUUUGAUGUGAUUACCAACUGUCACAACACUGCAACCCUGCUGUGUGCUACUCAAAUCAUGUUCCGGCAUAAACAUAGUUUUUUGUUUGUCAACUUGCAAACAUUCACAAAAACUACCAUAAAAAUGCAAUAUUUGACAAAAUGACAAUUUGAAGUACAGGCGGAGUCCUUAUAAUAUUUAUAUUAAUUGAAAAAUUCACAUUAUUGAAUAGACUCUUUCUUAAGGAGCGCACUUUUCUUCCAAAGCGUGUGUCCGUUUAUGGACAGAAUUAUACUUGAUGCAGAUCUGCAUGUAACUUGACAGUUGUAGUUACAUUUACCAUGUGUGAAGGUUGAAAUACUUGUCUGUGGAAGGUGUACGAUUAGGGAUGAGACCACUGUUUACAACAAUUCUCAAACUAUUAAUGGUGAAUAAUAAUAAUAAUAAUAAUAAUAACAAUAAUAAUAAUAAUAAUAAUAAUAAUAAUUACACUGUACUGUAAAUCCUUAGAGCCAACUGAAUGAUGUCUUGUCAUUUCAAUGUGAUAAAACAGUAUGUCAUAUUACAAGUCAUUUUUCCAGGGAAUAUUUGUGAUCUAUUAAGGUCAUUCAGGAGUCGAACAUAACAGCGGAUAUAGUGGAAAACCGAACAGGUACUUCAUUCACUACCACUCAUUUUGUUUAAAGUAAGCUGAGCACUGACAAAUGCUUCAUAUCUUUCAGCAUCUAGAGUAUACCUGCUUGUGGUUAUUUUCCUCAAAUGCAGCUUGACUCAAAGUAUGAAAGCUUUAUUAGAACGAUUCUGGAUGAUUCUUUUUAAUAGAUCAUCAAAUCAACAAACUUCCAUUUAAUGUUAAUGUUUAACACAUGUACGCCAUGCUGCUAAGCCUCAAAGCACAAUACCCUGCAAUCAUGUGACCUCGGAUGAGAGGAGUUUGGCUGUCUUGAUCGUAAAAAAAGGGAAACGGAGAAUCAUUUUGAAUACAAAGGAGAAAAUACUCAAACUUUUGCAGCAGAUAUACUUACAAUACACUUUUUGGAACAGGGUGCCGACACUGGAUUUAAUACGGAAUUCUUGGCAUCUGCAGAGGAGAGUGGGUGUACUGCAGUGGUCAGUAGCUUCAUAUUACUUCAAAUCCUCCUUGUCUGUGAGUUGAUCGCCUUGUCUCAGUGUGCAAAUUGAAUUGUGUAUCACCAAAAACCUCAUGCAACACCAGUAUAUAGACAAUGACACAGCACAAUACAACUAGUGUCUUCUCUGGUAUUGGUUGCUUCCACUUUCACAACAGCCAUGCAGUAAUUUCAUGGUGCUGGUGGGAUCCAUUACAUCACUCUUAGUCAGCAUGUGGUUUCCCUUUGGAAUUCAGUAUAAAUAAUUACAAAACACAGUAAAAAGCAAUUGAGAGCAAUGUUAACACCAGCGUUGACUAGCUACUAUGAUUCAUGGGAAAACGACAAAAUACACUGGUCAUAACUUUGUAAAUAAUAGUGGUGAAACAACCUGCUUUGAUAACAUGAAAGAUUGUAGACUAUGACGAGGACUGGUGAAUGGUUUUCAACUCUGCAAAUAAAAGUCCCCAGUGCACACAUUUCAGGUUUUGCUUCUUUAAACCGUACGACUCCAAAUCUCUCGACAGGAGAUUUGAAUGAAUGUAGAAAAUUAUGGAUUGUACCAUUUAUAAUUCCCUAUUAAUUGGUUUUAUUUUGUUUUUGUUUUAACAUGCAUAAUGCACUUGUAUAUAAGCCAUACCUGUUGUUAAAAUAAACCACUAUUUAUUGA